CAUCCGCCGCCCGCUUCCGUCCCGCCGCUGCCCCUCCGGCCUCUUCCACCGGCCCGGCCCGGUCCCUUGCGGCUCCCCUCCGCUCUCCGCGUCAAUGCGGCGCCGCCGCCCUGCGGCCUGCCCCGGCCAUGGACACCAGCGACCUGUUCAUCAGCUGCAAGAAGGGGGACGUGAGCCGCGUGCGAUACCUUCUUGAACAGCGAGAUGUGGAAAUUAAUGUCCGUGAUAAAUGGGACAGUACACCUCUGUAUUACGCUUGCCUCUGUGGACACGAGGAGCUUGUACGCUAUCUUCUAGCCAACGGCGCGAAAUGUGAGGCAAACACUUUUGAUGGGGAACGUUGUUUGUACGGAGCCUUGAGCGACGCCAUCCGACGGCUGCUGAAGGAGUACAAGCAGAUCACGGCGAAGUGCAUGAAGAGAGACUACUAUGAUGUCUUCCUGCAGCGGUUGCUGGAGCAGGGUUACCAAAGUGACAUCGUUUUCAUUGUCCAUGGCAAAUCCUUCUGUGCCCACCGCUGCAUUCUCGGCGCUCGCAGCGCCUACUUUGCAGAAAUGUUUGAGACCAAAUGGAAGGGGAAGAACAUGAUAGUGUUGAAGCAUCCACUGAUUAAUCCAGCAGCCUUUGGUGCUCUCCUGCAGUACCUAUACACAGGUCGUCUUGAUAUCGACGUCGAAUAUGUAAGUGAUUGCAAGAGGUUGGCCAAGCAGUGUCGGCUGCAGGACCUCAUAGAUGAUUUGGAGACCAAAUGUAAAAAAGUCUAUGAAUUUGUCUCUUCCAAGCCAGGGACCUGUGUGAAAGUGCUGACGAUUGAGCCCACAGGUAACUGCCAGCUGCAGGAAGAUCUGGCUCUUCUAGCAGACUGCGCCCUGCCAGCCGAACUGCGGGUUGGUUUUGGGGAGUUGCCAUUUGACAGCACCGACAACUUUAACAGUUGUCCUGAUGUGUGUUUCCGGGUGGCAGAUUACAACUUUUUGUGUCACAAGGCAUUUUUCUGUGGUCGCAGUGAUUAUUUCAAAGCCCUUCUUGAAGACCAUUUCAGUGAGAGUGAGGAGCUGCAGACACAGCCUAGCAUCCCUGUGGUGACUCUCCACAACAUCUCAGAAGACAUCUUCAUCCGAGUCCUCUACUACAUCUACAGUGAUGAUACAGAGCUGUCCCCGGAAAAUGCCUACGACGUGCUGUGCGUGGCAGACAUGUACCUGCUGCCUGGGCUCAAGCGCCUUUGCGGCAGGACCUUGGCUCAGAUCCUGGAUGAGGACAACAUUGUCAGCAUCUGGAGGAUCGCAAAGCUGUUCCAGCUGACCCGGCUGGAGGACCAGUGCACGGAGUACAUGGCAAAGAUCAUCGAGAAGCUGGUGGAGUUGGAGGAGUUUGUGGCUGCCGUGAAGGAGAAUGCGGAGGCUGUGGAGGAACGGCAGGAGACUGACUCCAUUCCUCUGGUUGAUGACAUCCGCUUCCACAUCACCAGCAACGUGCAGACUUACAGUGCCAUCGAGGAAGCCAACCAGAAACUUGAAGCUCUGGAAAACCUCCUGGCCAGUAUAGGGCUUGAGUGCUGAUGUGUGCAAACCCUGCCUGUCACACGCAGCCGGCGUAGCCCUCGCUGGGCUGGCUCAGAACACCAGAACAUCUGAGUCUCUGAAUGUCUCUCUUCCCCUUCUUAGUUCUCCUUCCCAUCCACUUUCAGGCAUGAUUUCUUUUUAAUUUAUUUAUGUCUGGACAUUUGCGUGUCUGGUUUGUGUUUGGUUUUAUUUUAGUUUUUUUGUUUCUCCUUUCAGAAGUAGCUCCCAAAGCUCAGCCCAAAUCAGUAGCUGCUCCUUUGUACUACGUAGCGUGGACAGGAGACUGCCAGCUGUUGGGAGUGGUGGGGGGGCUGCUCUGGGGGCUCGGUACUGCCUGAUGUUAGGACCCAUCCUGUUCUCCUGCCCAACAACACGCUUCUGAAACUCUUUCAUGGCAGGAUAUUUGUUGAGUUGGCACCAUCAGAGGAAGAAAACUGGAUUAAACUCUCCAAAUUAGUAUAGUAGAAGGGAGGUGGCCUUUCUUUCAUUGUCAGCAUUGUAAGAUUGGCCCUAAAGGGGACACAGGGGUACUUGGCUAUGUGGAAGGCACUGUUUCACCUGCUACUCUAGUUCUUAGAUGGGGAAAAAGCAGUCAUUUCCAGGUCUUCCCUAGCUUUUUGUUGCUUUGAAAUGCUCAGAAUUUAAAAGCUUUGCUUUCUGAACAAACAUCUUUGGGAAUACAGUAGAGACCAGAGUCCUUAGAAAGCAGUAGAUUUCAAUACAUAAAAAAGGGAGAGCAUCCCUUUUCUUCCUAAUGGGGGAAGGAAACGCCUUCUUGGAAAUAGCACUUUUCCCUUUCUUUUGGUCCAUUGUGGUAGAGCAAAACUGGCUUGCUGGUGGGUCAGGGAAGAGGGGUCACCGGAAAUCAUUUUUGGAAGGAAAAGGGGCAUUUGGGGUCUCUUGCAGGGCAGCUGUCCCACUCAUUGACCUUCUGGCUUUGCUCAGCCUUGAGCCUCGUAGCUUCAUUGUUCUCCAGGAAAUUCACUGUUUGUACUAAUGAAUGUUUUUGAAUCUGUGUUCUGCAGUAGGUCUCGUUAUCUCGUGUCAUCUCCCUAAACUCGUAAUGAGGGUAAUAAUGUUCUUUCUCCUUGGCACCAGUCGGCAGGCGAUACCCCUGCAUAAAGCUUGCCUGGCCAAACAGAAUGGCAUGUUCUGAGAGGCUUGGGUCUCCAGGGUGAAGGCAAGGCAUACUUUGCUGUGCUGAGAGCUGGGAGGGAGAAGAGGCAUUGUAUGAAGCACAGAGGGAAUCUUGCACAGGCAGUGGCUGCCGUUGCUAAUCUGUAUCGUCAUUUUGGUCACUUUGUGAGGUGAGAGCUUGAAAUAAUCCCUGUCGGGGGUGCUUUUAGUGUUUGAAGUGGGAACUGGGCACGGAUCCCCUUCAGCCUCAAGGUGGUGUUUUCUGUAAUUGUAGUGGUGCUUCAUGUGGAUAAGGAAAGGAUUUGGAGAUCCAGUGUUUAGCAGGGACUUGCUACAGGUGUGGAUGUACUGGGACGAUGGGUUUCUCUGCUAAUCUCACCAAAUAAGAAACUGAUGCUCCCACACCCUGUGUGAACUGCAGCCUCGCUGCCCCUGCUCCGAGUGUCUGCCCGUUUCUGGCAUGUGUUGUUUGUGUGUCCGUGGGCAGGCUUUGGGCACCACUUGCACUGGGCAGGCUGGGUUUGGGUGCAGUGAGAAGGGAGCACUGGGAUUUGGCUGCUGUGCUCGAGAGGAGCUGGACUUUGGCAAAAUCAUGUCAGGAUUGAGUUGCACUUAACAGAAGCUGGGGACAGAGCUGGGGGGUGCAUUGACUUAACUGCACACCAGAUGCUUGUGCACUUUGUCAUCUGUUUUAACUGUGGUUUUUUUUGCAGAACAAGUCUCUUUGGGGCAGAGGAUGGUGGCUGCAGGGCUAUUCAAGCAGGGAAGGCUUCAAUUCUUCUGUCUUUAGAUGCUUGUGAGGAAGUGCAAGGAGUUGUUGGUAGUUUGUUUUCUGCAGCCGUGUUAGGGUGAGGGAAGAGGAUGCAUCCCUGCAGGGGUGUGUUGCUGUGUGGAGGCAGGGAGGGAGGAGCAGGAGUGUGCCUCUGUUUGGGGUGGUGACAUGGAGAGGAGCUGUGUAUUUGUUGUAUGAUUUGUGGAAUGUACCUCCAUGUCCAUCUCUAAGCUUGGUGUGGCUUUGGCAGGACCACCAAAGAGCCCAGCACAACUUGAACUCAUAAAGGCAUCUCAGUGGACUUGAGGAGGGGAAGAGCUAUUGAGAAGUCUUUAAUAUGGAGUCCCAUAUAUUUUGGAGAAAGAAGGGUGAAAGCAGAACUGCCUGUUUUCUUGCUCAGUGGAGUGUCAGGUUCAUGAAAGCCUGCUACAGAGACAACAGACAGCUUAACCCAGCUGUUCCCCUGCCUUUCUCUUCCCUAUAUGGCUGAAGAUGAUACUGAACAUGUAAGCAGGAUGUUUACUUUAUCUCAUCCCCUCUGCUCCUCCUGCAUAAAUUCCGCAUCUGACAUCUCAGCAGUCAGCUUUCCACAGCAGUGGCUGUGACAGCCCCGCACAAGGCAUGCAGGGAGCCACCAGAGAACAGAACGUGGCCUUUGCCUUCUCCUUGUGCUGGGCGAGAUGCAGGGAUGGGAUUACCGAGGAAUGUGCUCAUGCUUUUCCCUGCAGAUGCCUCAGCUGCUAAAGCAAAACGGACACUGGGAGUGGGCAAGGCGGGAGGGAGGCAGAGGAGGGGCAGCGGUGCCGGGCAGCGUUUUCCAUACGGCUGCUCCUGCAUAAUUCCAUCCCUGCAUCCUUAAGUGUGGAGCAAGUGUGGCUGGGGUUGUGCACGUGGGAGGAAAGGUCCGUGUGGCCUUUGCUCUGCUUCCCUGGUAGCCCAGUUCCUGAGCAAUCGCCGCAUCUGCCCACGUGCACUGAGUGGUCGCAUCUGUGAGCCCUGUCACAUUGUCCAAUUACUCGGGGUCCUUUAACCACCACCCCCCACCCCCCACCCCCCCCUCAUCCCUUUUGGCAAAAUAGGGCUAUCAAAAAGCAUGCAUAAGCAGAUGGCCAGCAUGCAGGGAAACGCUCUCACUAAGAUGAGCCAGGACAAAACUUAGGUUUGAAUUCGCUUUAUUCUUGCUGCAAAUAAUUUUAUCACAAAAUUAAAAAAACCUUUGAUUUUUCUUCUGUUGCUAGUGUCCUAUUUGUGUUCUGUUGCCUCUGUCCUUUUUAUUUACUACUAUCCACUUGUUGAAUUAAGAAGAUUGUAAAAUUUAUCAGAGCAACAAUAUAUUUAAGAAGAAACGUGUAAGCAUGUGUGCAGCAAUAAAAUAGUAUAUUUCACUAUA